AUGGAUAUGGUUGAAAAUUUGCCGUCAGAUUUCUCCAGGGACAGUGACGGAGGCAGCGACAGAGACUUGUUUGAGGUGACAAGCUCCAGGCUGUCUGCGUGCAAACAUGAAAGUAGUGGCGACCAACAAGAUAAGGAGAGAUAUGCUAGGGAAAGUCACUGUGAAAUAGAAAGGCGGAGGAGGAACAAAAUGACUGCCUAUAUAAAUGAACUGUGUGAAAUGGUGCCAACGUGCAGCUCACUUGCAAGAAAACCUGAUAAACUGACGAUCUUAAGAAUGGCUGUCAGCCAUAUGAAGUCCAUUCGAGGUACUGGGAAUACUGCUUCUGAUGGAUCAUACAAACCUUCGUUUCUCUCAGACCAAGAGUUGAAGCAUUUAGUUUUGGAAGCUGCUGAUGGAUUCCUUUUCGUAUGUCAAUGUGAUACGGGACGUAUUAUUUAUGUAUCUGAUAGUGUCACAGCUGUACUCAACCAGACUCAGUCCGAAUGGUACCAGCAUACUCUUUAUGAGUUAUGUCAUCCAGACGACGUAGAGAAAAUAUGUGAACAACUAACAGGAUCCCCCUUACCCUCCCAGGGUGCUAGUGUUUUAGGUCUCACUGGUCAAACUCCCACAGCUUUAUCAAAUACUACUACUAAUAAUAGUAAUUCCAUCAACCUUAACAAACCGCCCACUUCAUCAUCAGACUCCAAAUUAUGCUCUAACACUUCUGAUUCCUCGCCUGCAUCAGUAUCUGAUCUAGUAUCAAGUCAUUUAUGUUCUUCACAACGUCGUAAUUCUCCAACACACUUAACGAAUACUAUUUGUUCAUCACCAGCUCCAGGACGUAUAUUGGAUUUGAAAACUGGCACAGUGAAAAAAGAAGGUCAUCAAUCUCAAUUAAGAGGUACAAUGGGUUCCCGCCGUGGUUUCAUAUGUCGAAUGCGAAUAGGCACAGCUGUCCCGUUUGGUGGUAUGCAGUCAGAUGUUGGAGUUACCAAUUCACUAGGCUUAACUGCUCGUGCACGUUUACGAUAUCGUCAUACCUUUGGAGCCCUUUCAUCAUCAAAUAGUCAGUGUUCUUAUGCUGUUGUUCAUGUUACUGGUUUUGUUAAACCAUAUAAUCCUGUUAUUGAUUCAUCGUCGAACAAUAUUCAAUCCAGUGGUCAGCCUACUGGAUCUCAAGUAUACCCAUUGUUUGAUGGUUUAAUAUCAGAAGAAAAUGAAUUUAAUCCUCAAAUGUCUGAUAAUCUUCAUAAUCGUUCUGAUAAUAACAAUAAUAAUACUACUAAUAAUAAAUGCCCAGAUAUUCAAGUACCUCAAUGUUUAAUUGCUUUGGGUCGUCUUCAGUUGGUAAACAAACCUGAAGCUGUUGAUCUUUAUCCGCAUCGUUGUAAUGAAUUUCUUACUCGUCAUUCAGUAGACACACGUAUUACAUUUUGUGACCAACGAAUUCAAAAUGUUCUUGGCUUAGAAACAAAUGAAGUUCUUGGUAAAGCAUUUGGAAAUUUUCUACCAUCUUCUACAGAUAAGAUUAGUUUUCAAGAAGUCUUUGAUAAAGCUUGGAAAUUCAAGGGUCAAACAUUUACAACAAUGGUUCAUAUUCGUUCUAAGCUGACUAAUGAAUUAUUGUCAGUAAGGUGUCAUUUAUUCGCAUUUGUAAACCCUUAUAGUGAAGAAGUUGAAUAUAUUGUCUGUACAACGACAUCCAUAAAAGCUUUUGAAUGUAACACUUCCGAUCCGAAUUCAGCGAGUACAUAUGCAGAGAAUAACACAUCCUACAGUCAAAGUAAAACAGAUUUCCUUGAUAGAACAUCCCAUACAACUCAGUUGAAUUGUGCAAUUGUACAAGAUCAUAUGAAUACGGCUACAGGAAAUCAAUUGAUACAAGGAAACACUGAAUCUGUACCACCACCACCAUAUGUUGGUCAUCCAGUCAACCAAACAAAAGAUUCGCAUUUAUCCUACUGGCGAUCUACAAAUGAAAGCACAGAUCACUUCGAUCCAACGUUUACAAUGCAAUCAGGUCAUAAUGAGGUUAAUAUUUCGUGUAACCUUAAUCAACUGUCCUUCCAAUCGUUCCCUACACAUGCAGAUUCCUCCUUAAAUUCACUGAAUGAACCAAAUUCUCUGCAUAACUUACCAUGUUCAAAUGUCCGUUUAAUACCACAGUCAAAUCAAGAACACACGAGUAUUCAUCAUCAUCAACAACAACCUCAUCCAAACUCAGUAACUGGUGAUUAUUUGUCAACACUUCCAAGUGAUUAUGCUACACUCAGAACCAGUACAGAAUUUAACUCAAACGAUGUGUCGUCGGCGCAUCAUAAUAACUUUGAUCAUAAACGUAACAACAAUUCCAAUUGUAGUAUAACCUCUCUGGAUGUUCCAUGUCCUUAUCAAGCCUAUACAGGAAAUCAAAAAUCCAAAAACCCACAAAACUCUAUUACAUCACCUUUAAGCUCAAAUGAAUGUAUUAUUCAAACAUCAGAGAGUGGAUUAACUCGACCUUCAGCUAUCUGUUAUAUGCCAUCAGAUAAUACAUCAUUAGGUGAUUGUGGUUGUGAUCUACCGGAUGAUAAUACUGUCUCUCCGCAUACAUUAUCAUCCUAUCUUAAUGUGAAUAACAGAUCCUUCGAUAAUAAUAAUAAUCAUGAUACUUAUCUACCAAGUAUUGAUAUCACCUCUGAUGAGUCUAGUACAUAUCGACAAGCACUGAAUAAUAAUCAUUCUAUCACUACUUCUGCAUUCCAUACUGGAUGGUAUGAUAAUUCUAAUCUACCGUCUAGUUCUAUUUCCACUUCUGAAUCUUCAUCUAUCCCAUCAGAUAUUUAUCAGCACCAGCAGCCUCAGCAUCAUCAUCCUCACUGUCAUCCCCAUCAUCCUGCUGUUGUUAUGAAUAAUCAUCAUCAUAUACAUGAUGAUUUAACAUCAUCCUCAUCAACUAGUGAUUUUGUUUAUCCACCAUCACUGACCCAACAGUUAUUUCAAACAGACAAUGGUGCUACUACUACUACUAUCACCAGUACUAGUAAUAAUUGUAUGCAACAGAAUCAACUACAACUCCCGUGUUAUGAUUAUUUCAAAUAUGCUGUACAAUAA